AUGUCAUCAGAAGAUAUUCGACAUCUCGUGCCGACUGCACGUAGAUGGUAUUAUAUCUCGAACGUCAUGCAAACUGAUUUUGUUGCUGAAUUUGAGACAAAAAUAUCCUCUAGGAAGGCAUUUGAACAAAUCAAAGGAGUUUCGUACUUAGGUCAUCCACUAGAAGUCACCUUUGUAAAUUAUAGGUUCUCCUCUACAAAGCUUUCCAAUAAUUGCACGAAAAAAACACCACAUUUAUUUUUUUCUUUACCAACAACUGAGGAAUUCGGCCAUCAUUUGGAGGAAGCAAGAAAUUUAAUCGGCUCAUUAUCCCCUAUACCACCUACUAAACAGCGCUGGGUUGAUUUUACUGUGUAA